UUAUGUGUGUAAUUAAGCAGGAAAUAUUAAACAUGAAUACAUAUCUGGCAAAGUCCAUACCGUAUGUAGUCAGUGUUAUUUCUGUGAAUAAGUUCUGUGUAUAUUUUUAAUGUCCUGAUUGAGCUACAUCUAUUUCAGACCCUCCAAGAUUGUGCUAAUUCUAUUUUACUAGCAGUAUAUGUCGAAUUAAUCAUUAAUUUAACCAACGUUUAAAAUAUUCCCUGCUUCAAAAUGAAUGCUGUUAAUGAAAUCAUUUUAGAAACAUUUUUGCAGUCAAGUAAUAAAAUGAAUAAAAACACUAUAAUAAAAUUACAUUAAGAGUGAAAUAACUGUACAAGGCGAAUUUAGGUAUAUGUGUAUACAAAGCAGAAAUCUUUAUUCAGAUUUCAGAAUGAGCACUUUGUCAUUUGUAAUGCAUAUGUUGAACGUCGGAUUUCCAUCAUGUUCAUCUGAUAUUCACUGCUGUAAUGUAUAUGAACAUAACUUUUUAAUACGCAGGGGAAAUUCCUAACAUUAAACAUAACCGCUUACAUGCUUAGGACGUUUGUAUUGAAAAAAAUCACGGGAAUACUUUAGAUAUAAAAACGCUGACUUGUUAGGUGAUGUUUUCUCAUUAAAAUCAUACGAUUUUCCUAUUAAUUCAGUAGAAUGUAUGGGAAUACUGGGGAAUACCAAUGUGGCGGCGAGGCGGCUUCACUUUUAUGACAUCACGAGCAAUCCAGUUCUCUAUUAUAGAUCCGUGAUAGCUUGUUAAUUGUAUGAGUUUUUUUUAUUUAUUCUGUUUCCGCCACAAAUAUAGCCUUGUGCUGACAUGGUGUUCAAAAAAUAAAUAAUUAAAAUAAAUAAAUAAAUAAAUAAGGUACCAUACGGCAGUACUGCCAGAACUGAAGUGGUUUCUCUUAUUUGGCUUUAACAAAUUCAUAUGAAAACAGGCUCCUUUGGGCAGUUUUUGUAUUAUUUUCACUUUUUGUACUUAUUUUGUAUUAUGUCCACUUACAGUUUAAGUCAAGUCAGUUUUAGUAAUUUUUCACUCUUUCUGAUCCUUAAAAGAGGCUUGCUGGGUAAAGUACUAAAGUUGCUGAAUACUGUGUUGAUGUGUUAUGCUUAUAAUUGUUGGCCAUUUUUGCUGCUUAGUUUCAUUAAACAAUCUGGGUGAACUGGGGAGGGUGUUUUGCCUGCUAAGUGUUAGAAUAUAUAUUUAUAUAGUUAUAUUUAUUAAGUUUCUAUCAGACUCUUAUUUCAAAAUAGCAGAGGGAAAUCUUGUUUUGCAUGAUAUGCCACACGUCUACACUCCCCAACUUAACACUUUUGCUUAUCAUUCAUGCACCAUCUGUGCAUGUUGACCGUCUCGUUCCAUGUCCACACAACCAGUACUUAAAAAUGGUUGCUGUGCCACUAGUUCACAAGAUAAGUCAAUAAACAGCUGUGGAGAAUGUACCGAAUGUGUUUAAACUAUCUGCCUAGUAGUUAUGGAUCUGCAAGUAAACCGUCAAGUCAUGGUGGUCUUAGAAGAUGUCCUUCAGACAGAGAUUGGGCAGAGAUUGCUGAGAUGUGGUGGGCAGAGUUGCCAAAAGACGAACCAUUCAGAGAGCAAAAGGCAGAGUGAUCACACCUCAACAGCUGCACUCAAAGACAAGAGGAGAACCAGUCUAACAAAAAGAGAAGAGAAAGACUCUGCUGGACCAAAAGCCACUUCACCAUCCCAUAAUCAGACUGAAUCAUCUGCUGAAAAUGAAUCACGUCUACACAAAGAAAUCCAAAUUCCAAAAUCCAAACAACUGAACUCAUCACUGAAACUAUUAGAGGCAUCUGAAGUAUCAGGUAACUCUUGUUCACCCAGAGAAAGUGACUCACCACAGGCUAAACAGACCAAACCAUCUACUUUUGAAGAGAAUGAAGUAUUACUUCUUGAAGGAUCUCCACAGCAUGAGGAAGCACUUUCCUCUGGAUGUGAAUUUAUAUGCAGCCCCUCAUCACUGUUAGCAACGCGGGGUAGUCUGAAAGAGGAAAAAUCAGGUAGCGAGCAUCUAGCCAAUAAGAAAGAAAGGAGAGAAACACAAGAGAGCCCAAAAUAUGCUUCAGAAAAUAAGGAAAAUCACUUGCUCAGGAAUGGAGAGGUGGUGCAGGAAGUGGAUGGAAUGAGAGGAAGUGUGUUACGCCUCUCAGUCGGGGUUGAUGGGGAGAUCCCGGUCAAAAGAUGUCGUAUGGGCAGCCUUUCAGGUGAACAUGUUCCCAACUCAGACCCUGCCUCUGGGAGAACAGAGGGGUGGAGCUUCAUCAUAGAGUCCUCUAAGAUCAGCCCAUUUGAAUCUAUUGUUCUGUCCAGUGAAGAGGAAGAGGAAGAGGAAGGAGAGGAAAGAAAAGAGUUGAAUGCCUCUGCCCCAAAUAUCCAGCCACUGGAGGGUGCAAAAGACAUGAAUAUAGUAGAUAAAUCGAGUUCUGCUGAGAUGGAGCUGCAGCUGUCUUCCCUUCACAUGGGUGGAGUUAGUGCCCCUUGUGAGAGUAUGAAGAUCACUACAGACAAGAUCACCUUUUCAUUUAAAGAUUCUUCAGUGAACAUUUCUGUGUUGACGGCUAGUGUGUGUAAAUACAGUGUAUGGGAGGAGCCUGUACUGAAGGGGUGUGGCCUGGUUAAGGAAAACGAGGUCCCACCCCCUUAUCUGGUCUUCCUUUGGCUGUCUGAAGCCCAGGCACACCAAUUACACAAUGACCUGUCCGUCAUCCUGCCAGGCACAUGUCCAGCUGAAAGCAGUAGGUGUGUGUUGCUGUGUUUGGAUAAACCUGUAACUGGUGUUGAAAGUGCUGUCUUGGCCUCUUUAAUGGACAUAGUGGGUUUGAACCAGAACAGCUCUGAACUCCACUCCCCCCUCACACAGCCAGAAAGCCUGAAACUGCUUCAGAGCUCCCAGGAAACACACCUUCUUCAACUGCUGAUGCCUGAAACUGAUCCUCAGACCAGUACUGCUGCACAUGCAGCUGGAUCUGCUGUGAAGUCUCAGGAUUCUGAAAUUCAGUCAAUGCCAUAUUACACGCUGUGCCACAGAAGAGCUCAGGGUUCAUACAGUGUUACAUUGGCACCUACACUUGGGGCAGAAUGGACACCGUACCGACACUGUGGUUCAGCACGCAGAUUGAUUCAGUUCCCUCCUCCACCCUCAAAGGGAGCCAUCACCGUGACGACAGAGGACCUGGAGUGUUUAGACAGUGGCGAGUUUCUUAAUGAUGUCAUUAUCGACUUCUACCUCAAGUAUCUUCUGGUGCAAAGGGCCCCGCAAGCAUCUGUAGACAGAUCUCAUGUUUUCAGCAGUUUUUUUUAUAAACAGCUCACACGCAGAGACAACGCUAAUGAGGACAGUACAAGCACACCAGCUCAGGUCAGAAGACAUCAGCGUGUGAGGACAUGGACGCGCCAUGUAGACAUCUUCGACAAAGACUUCCUGUUUGUGCCUGUCAAUCAAGAAGCUCACUGGUACCUCGUGGUGAUCUGUUUCCCUGGAUUAGAAGAGCCACAGUAUGUGAAGAGGGAUGGCAGUGGCUUUGUACAGGGACGGUCUGAGGGUGAGAUCCAUGGAGAGAAUAGAUCCAGCAGUGAUGAGGACAAAGAUGACAGUCAUAUAAAGUCAAGCACGUCUGUUCACCUUCCCGACUGUACGGAAAAUACCUGCAAGAGACAAAUUGUGUGUAAAAGACCAUGUAUUCUCAUCAUGGAUUCCCUGAAGUUGUCUGUUCACGAACGUAUCUUCAAACUCUUGCGAGAAUACCUUCAGGUGGAGUGGGUGACAAAAAGAGGUGGUUACCGUGACUUUAGUGUUGACAACAUGAUAGGUUCCAACUGUAGAGUCCCCCUACAGGACAACAGCAGUGACUGUGGCCUUUACCUGCUACAAUAUGCAGAAAGUUUUUUGCAGGACCCUGUGUUACACUUUGACUUGCCAUUGAGAUUGGAUCACUGGUUUUCACGGCAAAAGGUGCGAGGUAAACGGGAGGAGAUUCGAGACUUGAUCCUACACCUGUACAGAUUUCAGCAAGGCUCUCUGGGAAAUGAAGCUCUAGAAGAUAGGACAGAUUAUGGAAUUAAUGUCAUUCAGUGAUGUAAAGCUUUUAGAUUCACAUGAUUAUUUUACGCUAUAUAUUUAUAUUUUAACUGUUUUUGGACCUUUUAUAUUAAUUUUAGGCCUUUGUAUACAUUGCUGGAAAAACUUUAGAAAGAAAUAAAUGCAGAUAAAAUGAUGAAAA